GCUGUGAUACUGCCCGGGUGCCCAGACCGAAGCAGGCCUCCUAUCACAUACACACGAACAAACGCAGAUGAACACAACUAGUGUAGCAGCAGCCUCUGCAUCAGUAGGCCUCAAUAUACACAAAGGAAAAAGCAAGAUUCUCAAAUACAACACGGAGAACAUCAACCCAAUCAUACUUGAUGGAGAAGCUCUGGAAGAUGUGGAAUCCUUCACGUACCUGGGCAGCAUCAUCGAUGAACAAGGAGGACCAGAUGUUGGUGUUAAUGUAAAGAUUGGUAAAGCAAGGGCAGCAUCCAUACAGUUAAAGAACAUAUGGAACUCAAAACAACUGUCAGUAAACAUCAAAGUCAGAUUCUUCAAUACGAAUGUCAACACAAUACUAUUGUACAGAACUGAAAUGUGGAGAACCACUAAAACUAACAUAAAAAAGUACAAGCAUUUAUGAACAAUUGUCUACGUAAGAUACUCCAAAUUUGUUGGCUGGCCACUACCAGCAACAACUUACUGCGAGAGAGAACAAACCGAAUUCCAGGUGAAGAGGAAAUUAGGAAAAGACGCUGGAGUUGGAUAGGAUAUACAUUGCGGAAAUCAACAAACUGCAUCACGAGGUAAGCUGGAACUUGGAAUCCUGGGAUGAGACGGAAAAGAGGAAGGCCAAAGAUCAUACUACGUCGAGAAGUGGAAGCAGACAUGGAAAGCAACUAGGAAGAACUGACAUGGAUUGCUGAGGACAGAGUUCUUUGGAGGGUGUUG